UGGCGGGCAGGCGGCGGGGACAACUCCCGCCAGACAGUCGAUUAGCUUGGUGAGGCAGUGGCUCCCCACCUCUCGGGUUUCUGGACGCGGCCUCUGAACCUGCUGCCCGCUGGGAGCCCCCGCCCACCCUUUGGGCUGCAGGGUCAUGGCGCAUGGGGUAGCUUAGGUGGCGGUGGUGAUGUCACAGCUGCAGUGCCCUUCACCACGUUACGAUUUCCAAGUAGUUCUGUCCUGGUGACUGUGCCCAGGUUAUGACGACUAAUCCCAAACCGAACAAGGCAUUAAAGGUCAAGAAGGAGGUGGGCGAGAACGCCCCAGUGCUCAGUGAUGAUGAGCUGGUGUCCAUGUCAGUGCGGGAGCUGAACCAGCACCUGCGGGGCCUCACCAAGGAGGAGGUGACCCGCCUGAAGCAGCGCCGACGCACACUCAAGAACCGCGGCUACGCCGCCAGCUGCCGCAUCAAGCGGGUGACGCAAAAGGAGGAGCUGGAGCGGCAGCGGGUGGAGCUGCAGCAGGAGGUAGAGAAGCUGGCUCGUGAAAACAGCAGCAUGCGGCUGGAGCUGGACGCCCUGCGCUCCAAGUACGAGGCCCUGCAGACCUUUGCGCGCACUGUGGCCCGCGGGCCUGUGGCACCCACUAAGGUGGCCACCACCAGCGUCAUCACCAUUGUGAAGUCUGCUGAGAUCUCCUCCACCUCUGUGCCCUUCUCAGCCGCGUCCUAGUGCUCAUCAGGCACUGGGGGGGGGAGCGGGGGACAUGUCCCUCAUGCCUGUCAGAGGGUCCCUGGGCCACAGACUCAACAUCCAAAUCAAAGUGCAGACCCCUACGGGGAUGAGGGUGUAGGCGCAGGAUGAAGAGUAGGCUCUUGUGAGCCCGAGUGCCGCAGCCAUCUCACGCACGCGCACACACGUGCACACACACACACACACACAUACACACACACACACUCUCUCUCACACACACUCUCACGCAUGCCCCGUCCCUUCUCCCUAGAAGAUGUGUCUGUUUUUAGGAGUUGGUGUCUUGUACCCAUGGGAGUCAGGAGACGUAGAGGGAAAGUCCUCAGAAGGUUCUGAAUGCCUUCCCCUUUGGGGUCUGCUGGAAGAAACAGCCCCAGGAGUCAGGCUGCUGUGGCCUGAGUGGCGAGGGGCUCGUCUUUCACUCCUCUUGUGAGCAUGUCAACACUUGUCCUGCUGUGGCCCACCAGCUGGUGCAGGAGCCCCUCUCACUGCCCUGACUGAGCUCCAGCUGCCCCAGGGAGGAGAGUGAAUGGAGAACAUGCAGGCAGCCCUGUUCUUCCGGUUGUCCCUGUGGAAAUGCACUAUGGCCUGCUUUAGCCCUUAGCGUGAGUCCUGUGCCCAUGAAGCAGACAUGGGAAGGGCUACCUGAGUGGGCCAGUUCUGUGUGUGUGCAUUCACGUGUACACGUGUUUGUGCGUGUGCAUGCAUGUGUGUGUACAUGUGUGCGUACAGCAUCAGUGUGCCAGCAACACCAGGGGCCUUGGAGGAGCAGCUUGCCGGGUGGUCAUGUGGGGAGAGCCUGUCCAGUUUUCAUGGCAGAAAGAGUUGCAUGUAUGUUGUGAGGUUUGCCCUGUAUUCUGGUGACCCAAGGAGGUCUCCCAGUGAGGCUCAGUAGCCACCUAGAGCCAGCUGCUCUGCUGCUGACCCACAAGCUUGUCCCAUCAGUUGAUGGAGAGCUGGGCUCGGGCUCAGUUUCCCCAGAGCUGCCUCUCUCCACCUGUGCUCAGCAUGGGGGAGAAUGUG